AAAUGAUCAAUUAAUAAUACGGAUGAAGAAGGUGAGACGAAACAGCGUAUAGGUGAUGAGCACUAAGACCUUUCCUCGUCUGGCACCAUCCUCUCUCCUUCAUUUAUAGAUCUUUACAGUCUGAUUAGAUGAUUCAACACAUCUACUUACCCAUUUCUUCUUCAUCUCCCAGAAAUAUUAAUCAGAAUUCAUAAUCUUAAAUCCUAAUCCUCUGUUCCGGAAGCUCCCUGUUCUGCUAUUCUGUGUUCGUUGGAUGAGGAGCAGAAGAAAGUGAAAGUUGUAAAAUAUAUAAAAGUUUCAUGGGCAAUUCAUGUCGUGGUUCUUUCAAGGACAGAGUCUACGAGGGGAAUAACACUCGUCCCGAGGAGAAUUCAAGAACCACCACCACCACCAACGUUUCCUCCGAUCAUUCUCCGACCGCAGAACCACAAGACUUCUCCAAAGAAGAUUCCAAAAAGGACAAUAACAACUAUCCAGUUCCUGUAAAAGAACCUUUUGUACGGCGCAACAUGGACAACCAAGCUCACUACGUUCUCGGCCACAAGACUCCCAACAUCCGCGAUCUAUACACCUUGAGCCGCAAGUUAGGGCAAGGACAGUUCGGGACGACGUAUCUUUGCACCGAGAUCGCCACAGGCGUUGACUACGCUUGCAAAUCUAUAUCCAAGAGGAAACUCAUAUCCAAGGAAGAUGUUGAGGAUGUUAGGAGGGAGAUUCAGAUAAUGCACCAUUUGGCGGGUCACAAGAACAUUGUUACGAUCAAAGGAGCUUACGAGGACCCUUUGUACGUUCACAUUGUCAUGGAGGUUUGUGCUGGUGGUGAGCUGUUCGAUAGGAUUAUCCAGAGAGGGCAUUACAGCGAGAGGAAAGCCGCUGAGUUGACCAAGAUCAUUGUCGGUGUUGUUGAGGCAUGUCAUUCUCUUGGUGUCAUGCAUAGAGACUUGAAGCCUGAGAAUUUCUUGUUGGUUAAUAAGGAUGAUGAUUUCUCUCUCAAGGCCAUUGAUUUUGGUCUCUCUGUUUUCUUCAAACCAGGCCAAAUAUUCAAGGAUGUUGUAGGAAGUCCAUACUAUGUUGCUCCAGAGGUUCUUCUAAAACAUUAUGGUCCAGAAGCUGAUGUGUGGACUGCUGGUGUUAUUCUCUAUAUUUUACUAAGUGGUGUCCCUCCCUUUUGGGCAGAAACGCAGCAAGGAAUAUUUGAUGCUGUCUUGAAAGGGUAUGUCGACUUUGAGUCAGAUCCCUGGCCUGUUAUAUCCGACAGUGCUAAAGAUCUGAUCAGCAAGAUGUUAUGCUCUCAACCCUCCGAACGCUUGACCGCUCAUGAAGUCUUGCGACAUCCAUGGAUCUGUGAGAACGGGGUUGCACCAGAUAGGGCACUUGAUCCGGCUGUUCUGUCUCGUCUCAAACAGUUUUCUGCAAUGAAUAAAUUAAAGAAAAUGGCUUUAAAGGUGAUAGCUGAGAGCCUGUCAGAAGAAGAGAUUGCGGGUUUAAGAGCAAUGUUUGAGGCAAUGGAUACUGAUAACAGCGGUGCAAUCACUUUUGAUGAACUCAAAGCUGGAUUGAGAAGAUAUGGCUCUACUUUGAAAGACACUGAGAUCCAAGAUCUUAUGGAAGCGGCUGAUGUUGACAACAGUGGUACAAUUGACUACAGCGAGUUUAUUGCAGCGACGAUCCACCUGAAUAAACUAGACAGAGAAGAGCAUCUUGUCUCUGCGUUUCAGUACUUUGAUAAAGACGGAAGUGGUUACAUCACCAUCGAUGAGCUGCAACAAUCUUGCGUUGAGCAUGGGAUGACCGAUGUUUUUCUUGAAGAUGUAAUCAAAGAAGUCGAUCAAGACAAUGAUGGACGGAUUGACUAUGGAGAAUUUGUUGCCAUGAUGCAAAAGGGAAAUGCUGGUGUUGGGAGACGAACAAUGAAAAAUAGCCUAAACAUCAGCAUGAGAGAUGUAUAGGAACUUACACGAUACAUAUCAGAGUCGUUGGAACCAUUUGCUCCGGGUGAGGCUGCAAACGUUUGCAAUCACAGAGAAGUCUGAAGAGAAGAUUGGAUUCAUAGGUGCAAGACAGCUGGCUGAAUCCCUUGAAGGUUUGAGUUUAAAAUGUAAAAGAAAAACAACUGUUUCAUCAGUAGCUGUGAGGACUGUUUCUAUUGUCUCUCUGUUUUGUUUGUAACAAUUGUUAAAAGUUUGGUGAGCUUUGUUUCAUCUUUGUUGUUUAAAGCUUUGACCCUCUUUUGGGUUUUUGAGAGAUCAA